AUGUCGCGAAUCGAGGAGCUCCCUGAUGACUUUGAUGAGUCCCUUAAUCUCAAUGAGAUCCCUCCUGCGAUCGCGCAAGGCCUACCGAAAACCGGCUCCGAUGCAUUCGCCGCAUCAAAUGAUGCGCCAUUCGGAAAUGACUCCUUUGUGCCGAAUAUUCCUCCUAAGAUGGAAUCGCCCCAGACUCAUGAGGAGCUCUUAGAUAUGAUGAACAAGACUCCACUAUUCAUGACUGAUCUUGAAAAUGCCGGUGAUGAGAACGGCGAAAAUGUUAUGCUGGAUGCGCUUACGGCGCUGCAAAAUGAGGGUACUCGGGCCGAUGUUGCGCAAAGCUUCAAGGAGCAAGGCAACGAAGAGGUUCAAGUGAAACGGUGGAUCGAUGCCAAGGAGAACUACACAAAGAGUAUUGCUGUCAUCUAUGCGAAGGAGGAUAAGUGGGAGCAGCCCGAGGAUCCUGAGGUGGAGAAGAAGACUCUUCGUCAAAUGGAGGAGCUAUCACAUAUCAACCGGGCUUUGUGUAAUCUUGAGCUAGGAAACUACCGCUCUUGCAUCUCCGACUGUGCUACUACUAUUAAACUGAACCCUAAAAGCGUCAAAGCUUAUUAUCGCUCUGCAAUGGCCUUGUUGAAACUUGAAAAGAUUGUCGAAGCUGAAGAUGCUGCCGCCAGAGGAUUGGCAGUCGACUCCGAGAACAAGGGUCUUCAAACAGCCGCCCAGAAGAUCGCUGAACGCAAGGCCUUGAUCGAGCGUGCCGCCGCCAGAAAGAAGGCGGAAGCAGAUCUGGCUCGCAGACAUAACCUGGUUCUUAGCACCGCUCUGCGUGCCCGUGAGAUCAGAACCCGCAAGACCGAUCAACCCCCUGAGAUGGAGGAUGCGAAGAUCAGGCUGGUUCCUGACCCUCUUUCUCCAGAAAGCUCUGUCGAGUUUCCCGCUGUCUUCCUUUACCCCAUGGAUGCCCAGUCCGACUUUAUCAAGGGAUUCUCAGAACUGCACACCAUUACGGAUCAUUUGGAUUAUAUGUUCCCUCUGCCUUGGGAUAUGAAGAAGGAGUAUACUAUUUCCGGAGUUGAGUGCUUCAUGCAGACUGUAUCUGGUGGCCUGAUCAAAGCAGGCAAGAAGCUUCCUUUGCUGCAGAUCCUUAGUGGCGGCAAGGUCGAGGUUGUGGAUGAAAUGGUUCGCAUUUUCAUUGUGCCGACAUCGAAGACAGCUGCAUUCAUUGCGGAAAUGAAGGCUCGCAAGAACAACUGA